AUGGUCUCGAUAGAUCAGUCAUAUAACAUGCUCCCCAAGCACCUGAGCUCCGAGCACGACGACUACAUCCUCUACCCCGAGCCGCCCCAAGCAGUCUUCACCACCGCCCCCAUGGAGAUGACCAUCCCUGCCAACGCCUCUUACAUGUUCCCUACCUCCUUGCCCAUGGAGGCUUCUCCCGUCUACGAAAACAACUUCAUCUACCAGGGACGCACCUCACCGAGCCUCUACGAGGACGGCGACUUCCAAUUGCCCUCCUCCAACCUCUCCACCACAUCGGCGCCCUCGGCGGCCUCAUCCAACGUGGGCUCGCCGCAGUCACAUCACGACCAGCCGGCGCCGGUGCCUGAAUGGGCGCACCCCGGCAUCGCUGUCACCCCGGGCAUUGUGCCCCACGACUACUACAACACCACGGGUACUGAGUACUCUACCUACGCCGGCUCAGGUAUGGAAGACUUUGCAGCUUUCGACUUUGUCAACACAAAGCCCCCGGGUUUCGUGGACCCUUCCCUCAUCCACCCCGACAUCAGCCGCCCAAUGCCGAUGCCGGGUUUUGAUCCCAACUUCCACCACCCUCAGUAUCCCGCAUCGCCCGCCCUGUCCGCUUCGUCCCAAUCCAUGGUCCGCAACGGCAGCCAAUCGCCUUUCAUGCACAGCGGCUUCCAGCAGCAGUUCAGCCCCUACGCCACACCGGCCCACGCCCGCCGCCCCAGCCUCCACUCGUUCCCCUCCAACUAUUCCGAUGGCAACGGCUACAGCGGCGACGAGUCCAAGGAGAAGCAACGAUGCCCGCACCCCGAGUGCGGCAAGACCUUCAAGGACCUGAAGGCGCACAUGCUUACCCACCAGAAUGAGCGCCCGGAGAAGUGCCCGAUCGUGACGUGCGAUUAUCACGUCAAGGGCUUCGCCCGCAAGUACGACAAGAACCGCCACACCCUUACCCACUACAAGGGCACAAUGGUGUGCGGCUUCUGCCCCGGGUCGGGGUCCGCGGCCGAGAAGUCGUUCAACCGCGCCGACGUCUUCAAGCGCCACCUGACGGCCGUCCACGGCGUCGAGCAGACACCGCCCAACAGCCGCAAGAAGAGCACGGCCGCCAGCAGCGGCAAGAAGCUCGCCGGCUACCCUCCCGACGCCACCGGCAAGUGCUCGACCUGCUCGCAGACCUUCUCCAACGCCCAAGACUUUUACGAGCACUUGGACGACUGCGUGCUGCGCAUCGUGCAGCAGGAGGACCCCGCCGAGGCCAUCAACGCCAAGCGCCUCGCCGAGGUCGAGAACGACAAGGACGUGCACCAGACGCUGGAGAAGAACCACCUCCCCACGCAGACGCAGAUGCCGUCCACCGAGGAGGACGAAGACGAGGACAUGGACGAUGAGGACGACGAGGACAGCAAGCACCGCUUCAACUCGCCAACGAAGCGGAAGGGCAACCCCGUCAACGGCGUCCAAAAGUCGCGCGGCCUCACCCACUCCCGCGGCGGCGGCCCCAUGCCCGUCAAGGCCAAGGGGCGCAAGAACCGCCGCGACUACCCCUCGUCGUGGGGCUUCGACAAGGGCCAGAUGACGAUGAAGAAGCGUGUCAUGGCCGUCUUUGACGGCCCCCGCCGCCUGGCCAAGGACGACAUGAUGCUCUCCACGGACCACGAGGUGCGCAUCAAGCUGGCGGACGGCAACAACUACGUGACGGACCUGGACGUGCAGACGCUCAAGCGCGCCGAGGGCUUCCUCGGAGCAACUGACGACGAGAAGGGUCCGUGGAUCUCUGACGACCCCACCGAGGAGCAGCUCAGGGAGAUGCAGGCUGUUCUUGAGAGCUUUGAGCAGUAA